GUAUCCACCUUGGAACCAAUUUUCUGAAAGCCGUUGUCUCUUCGGCGAUUGCCACCCACUGAGAGAGAGAGAGAGAGAGAGAUGGUGGCCAACGAGAGGGAAGCAUGGGCGAGGAUGAGCUGUAUCUCGUGCAAGGAUCACUACACCCCAACCAACGCAGGAACCUGUAGAGAGUGCUACGAGGAGGCGAGCGAGACGGAGGAGGAACUCAAGAAGGAGAUCGAGGAGCUUAAGGCCAAGAUCUCCUUCCUCAAGACUUGGGCACCGCAGCCUGUCCUCGACCGCUUCUCCGACGUCCUCCUCCAAUGCUCCGACGGCUCCACCAUCCGAGCCCAUAAGGCCGUUCUGAUAAGCAAAUCUCCAGUUUUUAAAGCAAUGCUAGAGAAUGACAUGGAGGAAAGCAAGAGUGGCACCAUCAAGAUAGUGGAUGUUUCCUAUGAGGUGUUGCGCUCUUUCAUCCAUCACCUGUACACAGCUGAUGCAUUGUUUGAUGAACAAAUGGCUUACGAGCUCUUAGUAGUGGCAGAGAAGUAUCAAGUGAAGCAUCUAAAGGCUGUUUGUGAGAAGUUCAUCACAUCCAAGGUCAACAAUGAUAAUGCAGUCAUGAGCUUUGCAUUUGCACAUCAGCACAAUGCAAAGCAUCUGAUGGAGGCAGCACUGUCUCUGAUUAUUGAUAACAUGCACAUGCUGACUGCCCGAGAUGAAUACCGGGAGCUGGUAGAUAAGGAUCCUAGACUAGUUGUAGAGAUAUAUGAAGCUUACUUGGCCAAACAAGUCAAUACUGCUGCCAAGGAUUCGUAGCCUGCAUUAUAAAUGGUUCAAUUACGAACAUACUAUUAUCCCUCUAUUUAUUACAUUAUUAAUGUAUUUAUGAUGGACGAUGAUGACAUGGAAGGUGAAAGGUUUUUUUUCUUUUUUUGGGUGCUAAACUGUCAAUAAAAUAAACUCAUUCUAGAGUUCA